AUGGCGCCGAUGAAGAACAGCCAUGUCCUGGCUGCUCUCCUCCUCAUCGCCUGCAUCGGCCAUGAUGCGGUGGGGGCCAUUAUUCCCGCUAAGGUUAGCACCGCCAUGGCCCUCGUCUUCGGGGUAGUACCAUGCAGCACCGGGAGCUUGAUCAACGCGGUGACCGCCCCGCCGUUCGCUAACGCCAGCCUACAGCUGCAGUGCGGCAUUCCGGCUCUGUCCCGGUCUAAACCGGCUAACAUCGCGGAGAUGCAAGGCCGGAGCAGGGGCAGAACUGGGCCUGUCGUCUCCGCCUCCGGCGUUACCGUGUGGGCCAACGUGAGGGCAGACAGCAACGCCGCCUUCAUGAUCAGCCUGGGCGUCAUUCGCAACAGCAGCGGCGGCCUUCUCUCCUCCAUGCUGCUGGCCAACCAGUGCAGCGUGGUGGUCACCACCCCGUUGGCCGCCUGCAACGUGUCCCUGGCCGGCGUCACUGGCACGCUCAGCGCGCCGGUUCAGGUCCUCGGCGACGACGUGCUCAGCAGCGACAUCGGCGUGACCGGUUUCGUUGCCGGGCGUUUCUCCUUUGUUGAUAUAUAA